AUGAAGAAUCGGGGGGAAGCAAUCAAGAAGCUGGAAUUCCAAGUGGGAUAUUUGUCUGAGAAGAUACCCAGACCCACUGAUAGCUUCCCAAGUGACACGGAGAAAAAUCCGAGAGGUGAAGCGAAGAAAGUAAGAUGGGAAGACUGCAAUAUGGUCACUACAAAUGACAAGGAGACUGAAGACAAGCCAAGCAAGCUGUCAGAACAACCUGAAAAUACCUUAGUAGAGAAGGAGAAGAAAGACCAACAAGAACCAGAAAUCUCACAACAGGAGCUGGUGAGACUAUAUGCACCAUUUCCUCAACUGCUAAAGGGUGCUGUGGGAAAGAGAAUGUACUCAAGGUUCUUAGACUCAUUUGCAUCUUUGAAUGUGAACAUACCAUUCAUCAAGGUCAUUCAGCAAAUGCCAGCAUUCAUCAAGUAUAUGAAGGAACUACUUCCUAGGAAGAGCUCACUCAAGGGGGGCCAGACUAUAGUGAUAAACAAGGAUUGUAGCACCCUCAUUCAAACACAAUUGCCUGCAAAAAGAAAAGACCCAGGGAGUUUUCAUGUCCCUUGUGCUAUAGGGGAAACAAAUUUUGAUAGAGCACUUUGUGAUUUGGGAGCAAGCAUCAACUUAAUACCCCUAUCCCUGGUAAAAAGGCUGCAGAUCAAUGAGAUACUACCUACAGAUGUAGUCAUAAGGCUGGCUGACAAGACUCAAAAGCAAGCAGUAGGAGUGGUGGAAAAUGUGUUGCUCAAAGUUGGAAAAUACUUUCUCCCAACAGACUUUGUCAUUCUGGACAUGGAAGAGAGUCACCUGCACCCAAUCAUAUUGGGGAGACCAUUUCUAGCUACUGCUAGAGCACUCAUAGAUGUGCAGAAAGGAGAGCUAAUAUUAAGGAUCCAUGAUGAACAAUUGAGCUUCAGUGUUUUCGAACUUUCACUGAAAAAAGAUGAAGAGGACAAAGAACCGAGCAAAGUGCAUCAUGAGAUACUAAAGGAAGAAGCAAGCACUGAAGCACAACAAGCUCAUCCUGAGAUUCACUGGGUUGAUGGACAAGGCCAGCAGCAAGUGCCACAGGUCAAGGAAAAAUUGGAGGAACCUAAGCCACCAGAAGUUUAUGAGGACAUUAACAAAAGCUCAUCAAAAAGGAAGGUACCAAGGGGGUGGCGGAACAAGAAGAUUCCUACGGAAGAUUUCUCUCCAGGGGAUAAAGUAAUCUCAGCCUACUUCACAGAUAUCCCCCCUAAUCUCCCCACUGUACCAUCUCAGCUACCUAAGGUCUUCACCAUCAACAGAGUUCUCUCCUUGGAGCAUGUAGAGAUCAUUGAUACAACUGAUGACAAGUACAGGAAGAGCCUCCCCUCUUCUUUCUGA